UUUUCAAUGAAUGGAUCGCCCUGACAGUCAGAGACUGCUGAGGCAAAGGUCGGGGAACCCGGAUCUCCGUAAACAAAUGCGUGGGUUCUCCAUGAGGAUCCGUCAACAGACUGCGGUUGAAUCAUGGCUGAAUCAUGGAUCCGGUUUUCUUUUUUGUGUUUCGGAGGAUAAAUCACAGGAAGUCGACGAUCGGUUUUCAUUCCAGUGUUCCUUUUACGGGGCUUCGCAUGCAACAAUUACGACAUCGCGAUCGCCGGAGUAUCGAAGUACGUGCAUUUUGUGUCAAGCACGCAACGAGACACACAGAGUGCCGAAUGCCGGGUCAGGUACUGUGCAUGCAAUAAUCCACGGAUCACGCAGAGCUCACUGGCGGUAGCUGCGGCGGCCUUUUCAAGUGUGGUGCAUCCGGAUCCCAGUCGGAAGCUGUUAACAUUCUCUGUUGUAACGUUAUCGCUGAGAAAUUGAAUGGACACGUUAAAAAUGUUUGCACUGUCUGGCAAAUGUGCAGUUGGAAACUGUGAAUCUGGUCUGUGCUUGUAACUUGGGCCAUCCUCGGCUUUCUUGCCGUCGAGUCGUUGCAAGGUGGAUAUAGCCGCGUGUUUCAGAAAUCUAGCUAAUUAAAUUUCUGCCUCCCAAAAGAGCUUGAGAGACUGAGUCGGCAUGAAGGCGCUGGUCGUCCAACCGAUGGUGAGUGAGCUUCACCACUUCACCCUGAGUGACAUCAAGAGGCAAUGUCUGCCAAGCGAAAAUUGGAAGAAACUUCACCCGUCGAUUCUCGUUGAACGACGCGACGGAAAGACGGUCACCAAGUCGCCAGAGAAUUCGCGGAAACUCUGCAAACGUCAGCUGGUAAAUCAGUGGUUAACCCUGAAGAGAAAGGCUUCCACUUUACCUGUUGUGUCUUCUCACACUUGCUCCAGUGGUGGGUCUUCCCGAGAUGUGAACGGGAGCCAUGACGUACAACUGAGCAAACACCAGGAUCACGCCGUGGACGCAGGCGAACUGCCCUCUGAUCCCAGAUUGUGGUCUCCUUAUGAUGUGACGGCCUGGCUGAGUCGCAUGGAAGAGUCCCAUGGCCUAGACGUUGACCACAGCUUCUUUCAAAUGAACGGCCGUGGACUCUGCCUGAUGCCGCUCAAGGGCUUUCUGUUCCGGGUACCUGACCAUGGGGGGCUUCUGUACGAGGACUUUCGCGGGAGACUGAGAAAGUGCCUGCUGAUGCCUGGAGACGAGACCAGUGGGCCGACUGCCAACAAGAGGACCGAAUCGACAGCUCACCGCGGUGGGGCCACCAGUCAGAGUGGGUACGAGACUGCGCAAUGGCCCUUGCCACCUGUCGCGAAAUGUGGGGAAGUUGUUGUUGCUGAGGAGACAUCGGUGCCAGACUUUAAGGGAAGAGUGUCACCUUUGACAUAUCACACAUUAUGAAACCGACACGUAGCCAAGGACUCAGUGACUGUUAAACCUCAUGGUUUUCAGGGGAACACCUUUUAAAACCAAACAAAUAACAGGAAAGGGGCUAUAGCUGCCGCGAGCGGCAGUUGCAUUCGAUCGAUGAAUGGCACUGUAAUCAGGCUAUUCCAUGGGCAGUAAAGCUGAUUCUUUUUGUUCUCAGAUAAUGAGCUCACAUGCCUCAUCACAGUGAACAAUAUCAGUGAAGCAUGAAGAUCGAACUUGCCUCCCUGCGCGGUUCUUCAACUUUGCUUUUACUUGCUGAUGCAUCUGUGACAAGAUUUUUUGGUUAAAGUUGAUUGUGAGUUUUCUGUGGAGAUGUAAAUAAAACGCAGCUGAAACACCUUUUACCAAAUCAAACAGUAGUUUUGUCCCUAAAAAUGUAAUGUACAUGUAAUAACUUACGGUAUUACCGUAUGACAGGACAAUUGGAUUUUCGUGAAUUAUUCCUUGAAAACUGCAUUCAAAUAAUGUAUACAUGUAGGUCUUAGUCUCAGCCCUUGCCAAUUUUUAAGUUGGAAUUCAGGACUGAUAAUACUCCGAUGUAAACGCUGUACAUGUACUUCCUUCAA